AUAUCCCAGUCCCCCUUCCAGAAAGUUCUGUCUCAGGACAGAUAAAUAGAGCAAGCGAGUGUCUCACCGUUAAAUUAUCUGAUCCACAGGACACAGCUCUGAGGAGAAGGCCGUUGAAUCUGUGCAAGAAUGAAAAUCGCAGAUAUGAAAACAUCUCAAGGCUGUUACAGCUGCUUUUGGAGACGGACAGGAUGUGGAUGACAAACACUGUCACUCUUUGCCUGCUGGCCCUCGUGGCCUCCGCAGAGGACAAGAAGUUGAGCAGUCAUGCGACCACGAUGGCUGAUAACAGCGCCAAUCUGGCCUUCAGCCUCUACCACAACAUGGCAAAGGACAAAGACACAGAGAACAUCCUCAUCUCUCCAGUGGUGGUGGCCUCCUCUCUGGGAAUCGUGGCUCUUGGAGGCAAAGCAUCCACGGCCUCCCAGGCCAAGACUGUCCUCAGUGCUGACAAACUCAGGGAUGAGCAUCUUCAUGCAGGCCUGUCUGAGCUGCUCUCUGAGGUGAGUGACGCAAAGACCCACAACACAACCUGGAAGAUCAACAACCGCCUCUACGGCCCCAGCUCCGUCUCCUUCGCUGAUGAUUUUGUAAAAGACAGCAAGAAGCACUACAACUAUGACCAUUCAAAAAUCAACUUCAGGGACAAGAGGAGUGCAGUGAACUCCAUCAACGAGUGGGCGGCUAAGUCGACAGGUGGCAAGCUACCUGAGAUCACCAAGGAUGUUCAGAGCCCAGAUGGAGCCAUGAUUGUAAACGCUAUGUUCUUCAAGCCUCACUGGGAUGAGAAGUUUCAUGAUAAGAUGGUGGACAACCGUGGAUUCCUGGUUACCCGCUCAUUCACUGUCGGAAUUCCCAUGAUGCAUCGCACAGGUCUGUAUGACUUCUAUGAGGACACAGAGAACAAAAUAUUUGUGCUGAACAUGCCUCUGGGCCAGAAGCGGGCCUCUAUGAUCCUCAUCAUGCCCUACCACCUGGAGCCCCUGCAGCGCCUGGAGAAACUCCUGACCAGGACGCAGGUGGACACCUGGCUCAGCAAGACGCAGAACAGGGCUGUGGCCAUUUCCCUCCCUAAAAUCUCAGUUGAAGUCAGCCACAACUUGCAGAAACAUCUAGCUGAGCUUGGCCUGACUGAAGCCGUCGACAAAGCCAAAGCUGACCUGUCCAACAUCUCUGGAAAGAAAGAUCUCUACCUCUCUAAUGUCUUCCACGCGUCAGCCUUUGAGCUGGACGUGGAAGGAAACCCAUACGAUACCAGCAUCUUCGGCUCAGACAAGCUGAGGGACCCCAAACUGUUCUAUGUGGAUCAUCCCUUCAUUUUCCUGGUCAGGGACAACAAGAUCAAGUCCAUCAUGUACAUUGGCAGAGUGGUUAAACCUAAAGGAGACAAGAUGCGUGAUGAGCUAUAAUGUUCAUGUGGUUAACCAUGGUGGCUAGCUUUUUUUAUUUUUGAAACUAUGGCAGGAACAUUUUCUUAUGUGUGUAUGUUUUUGGGUCUGACUGUUACCUCUUGACCACAUUCCAUAAAAUCACAAGUUAACUGUUUAUAACUCUUAACCUUCCCAGAGAUCAACCCUGUAUCAUGUGGGGGCUCAGCCUUAAAACCCCCCAAUGAAUAAUUCAUGGGAACAAUAACAAAUAUGUGCCUGAUUUGAGAUCGCCCUAUAUUAAACAGCAGGUGGCACAGCAGACAACAUGCUUUUAUUAAGUGUGAUCUCCUUCUUCUUUACACCCUGAUUUUUUUCCAGUAUUGGUUUGGCUAUGAUCCACUUGUGUUUUCUUGCAAUAUCUUUAAUGUUUAAAGAAAAGAGAUAUUUGCACAAGAUUCAUUCUCACUCCCUCACUCUUUUCUUCAUGGCCUCGGAUGUUUAUUUUGCCUCCAGUCUGCACUGAAAUGCAGACUGAAAUGCAUGAGCUGAACCUGCAGAGGAAAGGUGGCAAAUUCAUAUCUGGGGCCUCAUUUAUUGGUGUUGCCAACCAUACUGUGUCAUGUUGUUGCUGUAUUUUCCACAAAGAAGCUGUUGAAAAUGUGCGGUUAUGUAAUAAUGUGUUGACUUUUCAAUAAAAGAAAGAAACUGA